AUGUCUCGUCGCCGCACUUCUUACAGUGAGCCCAUGAAUGAGGCCAUAACAUACCCAUACACCUCCAACCAGGACCCUCGAGCCCCUCGUCGAGGUCCGAUCGAAGGUCCUGAUGGUCGUCGUCUGAUUCGGCGUGUCACCUGGCGUUCAUCAACUUACAAGUUGAUGGCCUCGUUGUGGGUGCUUGGUGUCCUUUAUAUUCUUUGGUUGAUUCGAGAUCUCUUCUAUCUACCUUUCUCUCCUUCCGAAUCCACCCCACCUGUCCUUGCCGAGGAAUGA